UCCGUUUGUAUCAAUAAACCGGUAUUUUGCGUUACGAUCAAAUCGCCAAACGAUUUAUUCUGCGUAGGGAUGUUUUAGUGUUUCUUUUAUUCUACGGGUUUUGCACCACACGUUGAAAUGUUUUCGCUACUCAGCACGGCAACAAUGCUGGGUGCGUUUACCGCACUGCUUGCCAUCGUCUUUCAAGCGUAUCUGGCAUCGAACGAAUUGGUCAAGUUGACCGUGGUCCUGCAGCAUUUGCGCGACCUAGAGGUGGAGUUUCCGGUGAACGGACCACGAGUGGCCAUCGGGUAUGGAUCUUGCAGCGAUCUGCACGUGCGGGCGGUCGAUUUCCUCCAGUAUAACGACAACAUCCGAACGGAAUUGAACGCAACCGAGUACACGUUCGACGACAUAGCGAACGAGGAGGAAUUUCUUCUCAAUUUUGCCUACUAUUUCCAACGUGGAGCGGCAGCAGAACGGUUCACAGCCAAUCGAGAGAUGUUUUUAGAGCUAGUUCAAAGGGCGAAAAAAUCGCCCUCCGUCCAGCAUCAUUGGGCGCUCGGCGGCAACGCUCCGGUCAUCGGAACGCGGAUGGCCAUCGAAGGAGCCAAUGUAAUUCUAGGCGCAAAAAUGUCUUCCAAAUUGAAAACACAUCUCAAGGAAGAGGUACACCUAACCGGAAGCCUUAUCGAGGACGAUGAUAUUCAUCUGAUCCUGGAGUACAAUACUGGCGAUACCUGGGGGGAUCUGGUUUCGCCACGUGCAAACCGCUACAUUCUACACAACGACCACCACAAUCCGUUCCUCAGUUCGCUGGAAGAGUUCGAUGAGCCGCUGCGCAACUUCCAACCGGACCUUUUCAUCGUAAGCGGACUGCAGAUGAUGGACAAUUACGUCUAUCCACCCGGUGUGCGCGAAGCACGGCUGGAAAAAGUACGCCAGCAAAUGCAGGCCCAGUCUCGACAUCCCCAAACGCUCAUCCACUUCGAGAUGGCCAGUUUCGUUGAACUGGAGCUGCUGCAGCUUCUCCGCCACAAGGUACUACCGUACGCCGACUCGAUCGGUAUGAACGAGCAGGAACUAGACAACCUGCAGCAGGUGCUCGAAACGGGCAAGAUAAGUCUCGUGGCAGACUGUAACCCGCGGGUGGCGCACUCCCUCGAUCAAGCCCGUGCCGUUUUUCGUAAGCUUAAUGCCGAAUUUUACCAACAUUCCACGGCCGACAGUACCCGCCGACCACUGUCCCGUAUUCACCUGCACACGCUCGCCUAUCAGGCCUUCAUCGUAGCCAAGGACAGUCGCUGGCAGAACACGAAAAAUGCUGCCGCAAAAGCUUCCCUUACUGCGCACCGCCACGUUUGUGCGACGAACAUCGUUAAUCCCGAUGCGGCGUACCUGCAGAUGGACGACAGUUUUGCCGUAUCGGCCAAAGCGGGUGCGGAUCGUGUGCACUUUAACAACCGUGAUCCUGUUUCGUGCUGGGAAGAAUCGAUCCUCAUCGAUGGAACCCGAUCGGUGGCGGUGGAAAUCUGUGUUGCACCGGUUUUAAUUUGCAAACAUGCCAUACAGACGGUGGGGGCUGGCGAUAACAUUUCCGGAGCGGGUUUGGUGCUGCAAAUCUAGCACGAAAAUAGGUUCCAUUUUUAUUGAAAUUAUUAUAAGACUGCUUAUCCUGGUGUUCAACGUAAGUACGGGCUCUAUUGAGAUUACAGUUACCAUCGUCGGUGUGCAUUACCAACGUUUUUGGGCAAACUAAUUCCGCUUAUUGACAACAUUACUUUUCUUAAACGAAAAGCCGCUUUUCCGGCUUGACCGAGAUAGCAAUAUUAUACUCGAAAGUUUAGUCAACCCAUUCCAUUUUAAGACCUCUGCGUUAUUAAGUUUUACAAUAAUCAAUCGUUUUUUAACUUGUCGCUCUUUCCACUCACUUUCAAUGCAAAGGAUUAGAAAUAAAUGACGACUAAU